AUGACCCGGCCUGUCCCGGAUGGCAGGAGGAAACCUAUUUUGCCGCCAACGCCUUCCAGCGGCUCAGGGGAUAGAGAAGCUGAAAGGGAAAGGGUAAGUAUCGAUGCUACCCCGAGAGGGAUGAAUCGGUCUACCUCUGGGGGCUUGCUUGUUGAUGUUGCUACUAAACCUACUCCUGAGAGUGGGCCAUUUAUAAAGUCUGGGGGCUUCUUUGGUCCUACAAACUUCUCCGCAGUAUUUAUGGAAAAUAGAGAAAAUCUCGGCAAUGACGAAAUCCAGAUAUCUGUUGACUCCGACCUGCACGUCCCUUCAUACGAAAGUCUCCAGUCCCAGACCUUCCUAAUGUUAGCGGGGAAACAGCACUGCGGCUCUCCUCGCGUGGCCCUGGGCACGAAAGUCCUAAAUGCAAUGCCAGACGAACAUACGUGCAAAUUCCUGUUAGAGUGGUAUUUCGAGAAAUGUCACGAGAGCUCGUACCCAAAACACAGCGUUCUCGCUCUGGCGAACUCUUUUUGGAAUUCCAGUUUUGCUGCCGCGUUCAACAGAGAAACGAGGAAUACGGAUGAGCUUGAGCAGGUGUCUACUCUGUUAUGUAAAAAUGCUGAGAGAGCACUUCAAGAAUUCGAGGACUUUGACGAUUGGCUGGCAUCGUGUAGCGGAUCGAAUUUUAGAUGGGAGUCCCUCGGUGCCGUUUAUGGCGCACUCACGACAUCAAUCCUGUCGCUGCCAGAGAGAGAUGCGUUUUUCGCUACACAAAGAGGUGAUAGGCGGAAUAGGAGGGAUUUUGCUGUUGAGAUGAAGGAUUGUGUGCAGGCUUGCAUUACCCUGUCAAAUUAUAUGGAUCUGAUUAAUGUGCCAAUGGUGGCGCUUCUUGUUAAGAACUUGGUGUUGCAGACUGUGUUGAGCGGUGAUGCUAGUCUAAUUGUUUGGCGCCAAUUGGGAGAUCUUGUCAGCUCUUCCACCGCCCUUGGAUUACAUCGCCAAAUCGACACAGGUCGUCCUCCUUCAUAUCUUUCGGAGACCAAAAAGCGAUUAUUUACAGUUGUAUUUUGUUUUGAUAAAGGAUCAGCUCUAUUAACUGGUCGGCCACCAGCACUCAGUUAUCGCUACACUCGUUUUGAGCUUCCUCUGGAUUUAAGCGAGGAAGUCUUGGUCCAAGGGGGAGAAGUGCUUCAAGAGGCGGUGGCUAAUCUGGACGAGAAUGGCUGGAAUAAGGAUGGUCAGAUUUAUAAUACUACGGCGACGAGAGCUCACGGGAUGUUGGCACAAGUUCUGAAUGAGGUGCUGGAGUUAUCGCUUGGUGAUAAGGAUAUUUGUACUGCUGAAAAGAUUGGCUAUCUCAUGGGCCGUAUCCAAAGCAUUUACAACAACCUUCCCUCCUUCUACCACUUCAAGCUCUCCGACCUCGGUUCUCCAGAGUGCAACGACCGCAAAUUUUGGCGCCGCCUCUGCCUUCGCCUAAUCAUGCUGGAGCACCGCCUCCUCCUCGAGCGCCUCGCUCACAAAGAAGGCUUUCUUGAUGGCCAAUCUAUGGUCGACUGUGCGCGCGAGAUGCUUGAACUCACCGUCCUCCUGUGGGUGCAGCGUGAUCGCUUCACAGAACACCACCACGACUUUGACUGGAUGCUGAUGUGCUGGGGCGUGCCCUCUUCAGGCGUCCUCUGCGUUGAGUUACUGAAACAAGUAAAGGCGCCGCAUAGUACAAAACUCGUACUGCCCAGAAGUGAGAUUGUGCAGAAUUUGAGCCUGCUGAUUGGGUUCUUGGAGUGGGUCAAACCUGCUGCGGGGAAUUAUCAGCUGUGUGGGAGGAUGAAGCUUAUCAUCAAGAGAAUUCUGGACCAGAUUCUCAAUCCAGGCGCUGCUCCGCCCUCGAGCUUCCCACCUAUCAGUUCGCAGGAGAGUAAUGGGACGGGUAUUGGGACCGGGACUGCGGUUCCAGGCUCGCAAGUGGGAUUCGUGGAUACCGCAAGCGUUAAUGGGUCGACGAUUGGUUUUGAUGGCAGUGCAACUGGGACGGUGAGUGGUGGUGGUUUCGACCAGCAGCAGCAGCCACCUGGACAAUUGCUGGGGUUCGAAAAUGAUGGAGAUGGGUUUGAUUGGUUGAAUAACGUGGAUUGGUCGAGGGGACCAUGGUUUGAUCUCGGCCAGGACUUUUCGGCCGCAAGGUGGAGUUGA